AUGGGGAGUGAGGUGAGCUCUAACAUACUUAUCUUUGGUGGGACUGGCUACAUUGGUAGUUACAUGGUGAAGGCAAGCAUCUACAAUGGCCAUCCAACUUAUGUCUAUUCUAGGCCUGACUGCCUCAAGACCGACUUGCUUCAAGAGUUCCAGUCCAUGGGCGUUAAACUAAUCAAAGGAGCUUUACCUCAUCCAGGAAACGUACCAGUGGCUAUCCUUCACAGCAUAUUUGUAAAGGGUGUUCUAAUUAGUUAUAAACUAGCAGAGGAUGACUUAGAGGCUUCAAGGCUCUACCCGGAUUUGAAAUACACUACAAUUGAACAGCUCCUUGAUAUUUUUCUCCAUAAUCCCCCAAAGCCUGCUUCUGCAGCAUUUGAAUGA